UUCUAUGGAAACGGUCAUUAACAACAAAUAAACAAUGGCAGAUUCUUUGGCUCUAGCUGGAAUUUAUUUUGACGAGGUGGACAGAAUAUGUAUUCUGAAACCUGAAGUAUCAAAGUCAACUAAUGAUUUGAAGGAAGAAUGUUAUAUAUAUACUGAGAAAAUUGACGAGUUCCAAAAAAUCGCAAGUAAAUUCAUUACGAUGGUAGGGCAAUUGGGAGAAGCAGUAGAAAAGCAAAAAAUUCAGGCCAUAGGUGCCAGAAACAUUCUGCAAAGUAUGGAAAAACAAAACGAAAGUAAUCGUCAACAGUUGCAGGUAGGAAUAAAAAUGCUCGAUAAAGUCAUGUGCAUAAAUCAAAAUUAUUGUUGAUAUCAAACUAAAUUGAAGAAUGGUGAUUAUUUGAUGAACUGUUAAUAACUUAUAGUAGAUCUAGUUUCUUACACACCUAAAUAAU